GCGCUGUGUGAAAUCAGUAUCAACAUUCCCUUUAACGGUUCUAAACGCUUUGCUCCUAGUUAGAUUGUAAACUAAUUAACAAAUAAUUGAAAUUGUUAAUGAUGUAAUGAUGUACGUAACGACUAAGUGGGGAAAAACAAUACAUGUUGUUUAAGAAAGUGAAAGUCGGUCAGUGUGAUGUUUUGAGCAAACCAAGGGAAUCGUGUUUUCCCCUGCAUGUGCAGUCGUCUGUACGUACAUACAUAUUUCGAUUGUGUACACAUCUCGGCUUUAGAACAAUCGAUUCAGAAAUAAAUUGAACAAGUUUAAAGCCAAUGACAAUUUGUUUAGUUGAAAUCAAGAUAGAAAAUUUACAUAAUUUCUACAAUAUCCACAUAAUACUAUACAAAUAGUACGUUUUGGUGUUUCUAGUAGUCAACAACAAAUGGUGGAAAAGUAUUGUAUUAUAAUUCAUUCCCAACGACACACUUCGAUACAAGUGCAAGUAUGUUAACAUGUGUACAAAUAUACAUAUGUAAAAUGUGAAUACAAAAAGGAAAUUACCUUCAUUCAGAGAAUUGCAACUUAUAUACAAUAGGCAUAAAUGCAAAAACAAAUUACAGUUACAACAAAUUGAUUCAUAACCGAGGAAGUAGCAAUAAUGAUUCCAAGAGGAUUCAUCAAAUGUUAUUAUUAAAUUAUACUGACAGGAAUAUCGACUUUACAAUCGUUUAUUGAUUUGAAACCACCGCAAAAACCAUCCAACGUAGAAGAAAGAUGAAAAAUAAAAUACAAUCAACUAUAUAUAAUAGAUAUAAAUUAGCGUUGUAUGGUCAAAUACAAGAUUAGUAUUGACUUCUACGAAGUAAGAAGUAUUGAUUGAAGAUUGAAUAUAUAAAACCGUCCAAAUAAUUAAGCUACUAUUGAAGGGAAGAAUUAAAAAAUUUUGAAUGAGGUUUUUAACACUGUUCGCAGUCCAUGAAAUUUACAUUACGACUAAAAAGGUAUACAACUCCAAGCAACUUUAUUAUGAUUAUAAAUUGGAAUUGAAAGUUAAACAACAAAACGAUUACUAUCGCAUUGCAUCACUUAAAAUAUAAAUACGAAAGUAAAAAAUUAAAGUAGGAUACAUUCAGCGAAAUUUUAACACCCAUCAACUAAAUCCAUCGUAAUCACUAAUGUCGACAAUGGACUUAAAUGGGUCCAUAUCCAUUACGGAUUUUCGUCAACGUCAGCACGUGGUGCAGGCCGGUGUUGCGCCAUUUCCAGGCGCUCCGACUGGCUACCCCUCCACCGGUGCGCAGGUAGGCGUUGCCAAUCCUGACAGUCUAUCCAUGGGAGUUGCGGCCAUUAAAGCUGACCCGGUGUCUCAAAUGAAUACUGAGAGUGGAGCGCAGAUCUCAGGAAGUACAAAUGCAGUCACGUCGGCCGCUGGUGUGCAGCUUUACAUGCAGCAGAAGAAAACAAAUCUGCCAACGGUGACAUCGCAGUUCAACGGCUGCAAUGUUUCCAUCACAUCACCUACAACAGUAACGUCGACCACAGAGGUAGUUAUGGAUUCGCCUUUGUUGAGCAGUAUUCCGGUGCAACAGCAUAAUGGCGGACUUGGGAUUGCGCUCAGCAAUGGAUUGUCGCCCGCCCUGAAUGGUUUUGAAAACAAUCACCAACAGUUCCAACAGCAGCAAUUGAAAAUGCUACAACAUUACCGGCCGAGUAUCCACCAGACUCACCAAGUGCACCAGCAACCAUCAACACAACCACAGUCGCAAACGCAGUCACAACCAUCGACGCCAACAACAAUAUUGACGAUUACGUCAUCACAGCCACAACCGCAAAGUAUUGUUCUAUCUUCAGUAUUGAUCCAAAAUGACCCUGAGCUAAAUGUUACUCAGCAACAACAACAAUGCAGUGAAAACAGUUCUAGUGGAGGGUCUGGUGGUGGAAGCAGCACCAUUACGUCGAUUUCAAAUAAUUCUGUAACUGUUGGAUCUACAGUCACAGCCACAACUAGCAACAGUACCAAUAGUUGCAUAAGUAAUCAAAACCAACCGGUAAACGGGAACAGUUUAGUCAGUGGAGUAGUCUCGUCAGGGGACAUCAUCACUACCGCAAAUGGCGCUCCCACAUCUUCACCCACCAUCACACCUGGAAGCUCAGAUGAUUUGCUAGGAAGCACCCACCAACAACAGCUUAUUACUGGCAUGGGAGGCAGUCCACCCGCUGUCGGCACCGCGGUAACCUCUACCACCUCUACGUCAGCUGCUUCCGGCGCACUAGUCUCAACAAGCACUACUGCCAAUGUCGCCAACACUGGUUUGUUACCUACCAUCAUGUCCAACCCACAGAUAAUUCCCGGCUCAGUUGACUCUGGUUCGGUUGUAUCGUCAUUGGUAAGCGGAGCGAGCUCUUCCCAGGUCAUUGCCUGCCUCAACGCGGGUAGUGUUGGCGCAAGUGGUGGAAUCAUGACUUCUGCCGUGUCAUCGACCCCAGUUGCCACUAGUCUCACUUCGGCCCUGGUUCCAUUAAAUCAACAGCAGCAGCAACAAACUAUUAUUGAUUCAAAAAAUCAACCGAAACGUUUACACGUUUCGAAUAUUCCAUUCCGAUUCCGGGAUCCUGACCUACGCGCUAUGUUUGGGCAAUUUGGAACUAUAUUAGAUGUGGAAAUCAUUUUUAAUGAACGCGGCAGUAAGGGCUUUGGCUUUGUAACGUUCGCAAAUAGCAACGACGCUGAACGAGCUCGCGAACGUCUUCACGGCACUGUGGUUGAGGGACGUAAAAUCGAGGUGAAUAACGCUACCGCUCGAGUACAAACCAAAAAAGUAACUGCUGUUCCAAAUGUUGUACUGACAAAAGACGGUGCCGUACCGGCUCCAGCUCUAGUGUGUGUUCAAUGGCCAGAAGCUACUGUAGCAGCCGCUGCCGCCAUGCGGGGUGUAGCAAUCCAUCGCGGUCAUAUGGGAGUUGUAGGUGGACCAUUCAACCCCACAUUGGCAGCCGUUGCUGUAGCUGCACAGCAACAACAACAUCACCACCACCAUCACCAGGCACACCAUCAUCCACAUCAUGCUCAACAAACCGCACACCACCAAUUAGGAUUGCAACAAGCAUUGCAAGUGCAAUCAGCAGGAGGCACUAACCAAGCUCACGCAGUUGCUGCAAUUCAAACCAGCGCCGCUCAACAACAACUGCAUUCAAUAGCUCAUUCAGCAGCCGCUGCAGCCAAUUCGCCACAGGUAGCCAACGCCGCUGCUGCUGCUUAUGCUGCACGUUUAGGUGCCACAGGUGCAGCCACUCAAUCGCCAUCCGCUGCAGCUGCUGCAUCCAUAGCCGCCGCGGCAAAUGCAGCAGCCGCAGUCAAUGCGGCUGGUACCGCUUUACACGGAUUCACACCCGUCUACUACGAUCCCUUCCUAGCAGCUGCUGCAGCUUCCGCUGAUCCGAACCUGCGAUUCCAGGCAGCCAAACCGGUCGCAGAAGUUCCAGCCGCACAGCCAGCAGCCAUAUUAAAUCGCCGCACUGUGACAACGCUAAACAGUUCCCCACAUACGAUCAACCGCAUUCCGGUACCACAAAACGUUUUGGCCACAGCUCCGCUUCUAAAGACUCCAUUGUCACAAGCACAGCAGGCGUACGCAACAGCCGCCACCACAUACACAGCGGUGGCCGCAAGGGCCGCAUAUGGCGCAGCAGCCGCCGCUGCACAGCCGGCUUUAGCCGGUUACGCUACUGUCGCUGGAUAUGCAACAAGAGAGUAUGCGGACCCCUAUUUAGGACAUGGAAUAGGACCAGUGCCCGGCUAUGGGGCAACCAUGUAUCGAGGUGGAUUCAAUCGAUUCGCCCCAUAUUAAUGAGAGAAAUGGACAAUGCCAUGCACCAACUGUCUGCUGACUGGAAGUCAUCGCAGCUAUACUCAACUUUUGCAAAUCUGCUCUAUUUUGCACAUCACGUGGAACCAAAUUAAAGAUUAUUAUAUAAGAAAAACGAUUUUAUGUUACAUUAGGAUGAAUAUGAAAUCGUCGAAAUGCUCAAGAAAUAAUGCAAUUUUGAAUUAUCAACCAAAAAUACUCAUGCAAAGCGUAAAAACAAUGAGAUUAAAUCAAAUAUUCAAUGCAUAACAAAGCAAAUAUAAGAAAAAAGAAAUGAAGAUUAUCAUAUAUACAUACAUGCAUAUGAAAUAAAGGUAUUGGGCCAAAACAAUACCAACAAUUUAAAAAUUUAAUAAAAGAAAUGCAUAGUUGUUAAAUUAAAUGUCGUCCAACCAAUAUUUAAAAAUAUGAUAAAUACGUACAUAGAUACAAAUACUAGUAAGUGAGAAAACAUAAGCCAAAACUUUAAUAUAAAUUAAUAUCCAAAUGCAAACAAAAAGAGAAUAUCCGGGAUUGUCUAAGUAUUUUAGCCGAUUACCAUUUAUCUGAUUAUGAUAUUUGGUGUAUUAUGAACAUUAUCAAAGUCACUCCUUUCUUUAAUUUGUGCAUAAAAGCAUACAGUGUUUUAGUGUAUUCAGAUUAAAUGAGAAAAUAAUGUAAUGAUGUAGCAUAAAUGUGCAUUACUAUAUGCAUAUAGUACACAGUUUGCGAUAAAUAUCAAAUAUAAAUUUAUAAGAAAUAUAAAAUUUGAGAUUAUUUCAAAUUACUCGUUUGAAUUGAGUGAUUCAAGAACUUAUAUACCAUACCCUCUAAAUUCAUUAAAGCAACAUUUUAAAACUAAUUAUAAUACAUUUAAAAAUCAUGAAGAAGAUUUUUUUUAACCCGAUCGUAGUUCAUAUAAAUCGAAGUAUGACACAUUGUCAUUUAAACUAUUUUACUUCAUCGCUUACUUAUUCACAUUGGCAGCUUAUUUCCCAACAAUUAUUUUAUUCAAAUAUCUAAAUGGUCAAGAAGCAAAACUUAAUGCUAUAAAAUAAUUGACACUUAAACAUAUCCUAAUUAGAAACAAGAUGAUUUGAAUAUUGUAAUAAUGAAAACUUUCUCUCUUAAAUAUAAAUAUUCAAAUUCUUGAAUAUUAUUGCAAAAAUGUGUUGUAUUUACUUGUGAUAAAAAUACAAAGGAGUGAAUAUCCGAAAAUCACUUCCAUUAUAAUUUAGUUUUCCAAACAACUAUACUCAUAAUAUGUACUCCGAUAUGCAAUCAAAGACCUUCCUGAAACAAUUUAAAAAUCGCCCAAAUCUCCCAUGUAUGGAGGUGUUAAAAAGUAUUUGCUUUUGAAAUAACGGCAUAAGUAAAAAUUUAUAUAAUGUUAUUUAAAUGUUCACGAGUGCAGCUAUGUAUAUCACAAAUUUUGAGAAAUCAAUUAUAUUUUUUGUUUUUAAAUUUAUAAAAUAGGGUUCUGAAAAAAUCGAACCAAUUAUUGUAUGUAUUAUAUGUAUUUUAAUAAGUGUGUUUGUGCUUUGCUGUCGCACCAUUUAAAUAAAUAUCCAAAUUCUUCCGAUAAAUCGCUGAAGGGCACUCAAAGUGGAUAAAAUUUGCUCAAAUUAUUUUCACACAUAUAUAUAUAUAUAUAUAUUCUAAAGUAUCCCUUAGAUAUGAGUAGGGAUAUUUAUAUGUCAAAGAAGAGUCUAUGUAAGCAUAUAAUAUGUUGUAUAAAAAUCAGGUUUAUUUUAUAAAUUAUUUCAUUGACAUUGUGCAGCCAAGAUCAUAUCGGGCUGUAUAUGAAUUUUUUGACACCAGAAUAUUUUUAAAAGGUCAAAUUAAAACGCAAAAACCAACGGAUUAGAAGCACAAGUAGGAUCAAAAUAUGCGCAUACAAAACUUCUCUACAACUUAUUUUAAUUAUAACGUGAAAAAAUACAUGCAUCAAUAUAUUAUAUGAAUAAGAAAUUUGUACAAGUAUAUUUUAAGAGUUGAACAAUUUAAACGACCAAAAAUAAAAUUUAGAAGUAUUUAUAAAUCACGCAAAAAUUCGCGCAAAUUACUAAUAUUAAGUGAUUUUUAUGGAUUAUUAUGAAUGGCGAUACACAUGUAACAAUAUUUACACACAUGUCAUCUGAUAAAAUAUAUAUGUAGAUAAACCACUUGAAAGCGACCUUAGUCCGAACAAAGUUUAUUACGUAACGCCAAGUAAAAAAACUAAGAUCCAUAAACCUUAAAAUUUCAUUGAAAUUGUUUUUACAAUGAAUAUUUUAUUUUAUUUUUAUAAAUUCUUUCACUUGAAGCCAAAGUCUAUUAUUUUAGUUAAACCAUCUAUGUGUUUAGUUUGUAGUGUGAUUACUUUAGUAUUUAUUUUUAAAUGUUUUACAGUCGUAACAUAUAAUGAAUUUUCAAAAUCACAUUAUCAUCGAAUGCAAUGCAUUCGGAAAAUUCUCAUUUCAAUUUACAUAUUUGUUCUUUAUUUUAAUAGUAAUAGAAAUAUUAAAUAAACGCAAGAAUUAUGUUGCAACAUAUUAUGUAUAUGUAUGCAUAUGAACGGUUUAAAAGUUAAAUCAAAUCCAUUUAUUGCCAAAUAAAUAGCUUUUAAUUGAAAACACUAACUAAACAAAGAUGAAAAAACGAGAAUCUGAGAAGUCCCAAUAGCAAUCAAUUUAAAAUGUAAUAUUUAAUUCGUAUAAAAUCAAAUCUGUGCAAUUUUUUACACGUGCACAUUGGUAAUUGUACCAACAAGCGUUCGAAAUAUUUGCUCCGCACAGCACCUUGAAAGCUUAAAUUUGAAUGUUUUGUCAUUUGGACUUUUAAAUGUUAUAUAGAUUUUUUUUUUAAUUUAAAACUUAAAGGGGGCUAGGAAUAUUUAUUAAUGAGCAUUCUCGUCAUUAUUUGUAAGAUUUUUCACCAUCACAAUCGAUUUAAUAUUUAUGCAAUUAUUCUUUUCAAGAAUUAUUAGUACCAAACAAAUUGAAUAAUAUUUCUGAAUUCUGUUGAAAAGUUGCACGACACCGUUUUAAAACUAUAUAUGCUAGAUUUCAAACAAAAUUGAACAAAUUGAAACCUCUAACUAGCUCUAAGACAAUUUUUAAGUAUCUAAGCAUGUAUUGCGUGCAAUACAUACUGUUUUAAAAUACACAAAUUCAAGUUAUGAGUGAAAACAUCAUGAAAAUAAAAAAGCUCAAAGUAAUUAUAAGAAAAAUCGUAUGAAAAUAAAAGUAAAUAUAAUACUCACGUAGGCAUAACAUUAAAAGUUAAUACAGAAAAUGUUGAUUUCAAGUGAUUUUAAUUGAUAAUAAUUAUAUUGAAUCACGAAGAUAAAUAUUUUGUAGUAAAAAAAGUGCAAAAUUAUGGUGUAAAAAUAUUAAAGAGAAAAUCGUUUAAAAGAAUACCGUGAACGAGUAUAUGAAUUAAAGUAUAGAAUUGUGAAAAUUACUUAAAUGUUAGAUCAAAACGCAGAUGUGCUGAAUUAAGAUUGUUUGUUCAACAUUUUAUUAAAAUAGUAGAAUACGAUUGCAAACAUAUUAAAAAUAUGGAUAAUUAAUAAUAAUAAAUUUAGAGCGUAAAAUGUGCCAAAUUGUAUAAAAUGUUAUAAUAUAUUGUACUUCUUCAUAUCUAUUGUGUCCCUAUAGCUGUAUUAAUCGGCUGAAAAACACUGAAAGGGCGAUUUUGCAACUUCUACUAUUAUCUGAAAUACAUUCUAAAGUGAAUUAAAUUUCUUUUAUUAAGACUUAUAGUUUUCAUAUCUACUCUUAUUAAACUUAUUUCAACAUAUUUCAACAUAUGAAAAUCGCAUAUAUAAAUUAUUUUAAUUGCACUCCUUAUAAUAUAAAUCAAGUACUAAAGAAUCUUAUGUAAGCAAUUAAGUGCUCAUAAGGAUUAGACUCGGAAUUAACAAAAUUAAUUUGCAACCAAAUGAAAAACUCCUAAAAAAACAUUUUUAAUAAUGUUUGUAUGUAAUGACACAAUAAAUGAUUUUGUUCCCACUUGCUGUUGGUCCUAUAUCAUCCAUCAUUUUUCAAUUUGUAAGGUUGUGAACUGUGAAAUUUUUCAAAGCAAAGACACAAAUAAAUAAAUAAAUGAAGUGAAAAACUAAA